AUGGCUGAGAAAGAGGGCAAGGCAGUUCAGUUAUCAUACGAAGCAAAAUGUGGUUUAGUAGCAUUGACAUGCCAAGCGAGGCAUGGGCGUUACAACCCAGGAACUCUCCCACCUCUAGGUGUGCUGGAUGUUAUUGGCAGGGAUCGCAGGUUGGCGUGGCAGCAGUUGGGUACCAUGUCUCCUGAGGAGGCAAUGUGUAACUUUGUGGAGAGGCUAGAUAAUCUGUGUCCAUCCUUCGCUCCAUUUAUUGAAGCUCAUAAACGAGAUGUUGAAGAGAAGGAGAGGCUAGCCCGAGAAGAGGAGGAGAGGCAAAGAGAGGAGGAUGAAAGGAGAAGGUUAGAGGAGGCGGCUCGGCAGCAGGAGGAGGAGGAGAGGGCAAAGCAGGAGCUGCAGAGACGCCAAAUCCAGGAAGCUCUGAACCAGCAGACAUUCCACCAGUUCAAAGCAUAUGCUGAGCAGCAGUAUCCUGGAAACCCGGAACAGCAAGCAGUGCUGGUGAGGCAGCUGCAGGAGCAGCACUACCACCAGUACAUGCAGCAGCUCUACAUCCAGCAGCAGCAGCAGCAGCAGCAAGGGAGGGCCGUGCCCGGCGCCAUGGAUGGUGACACAGAUGAGCAGGCCAGGCUGCUCCAGCACCUCGGCUCCAACGGCACGCUGUCACCCCGGGGCGAGGACAGUGACGACGAGGACGAAAAUGGAGGUGGUCUGCCAACUCCAUCGGCUGCUUCGAUGUGGACUCGAAAGGACAUACGCGAAUUCAAGGAAGCUAUCCGAAGGGAGUCGGGAGAUGCCAUCAUAAAGGUUGGCCAUGGAGAAACAGUAACGGUACGAGUUCCAACACAUGAAGAUGGCACAUGCCUCUUUUGGGAGUUUGCAACAGAUAACUACGACAUUGGUUUCGGAGUAUAUUUUGAAUGGGCGAAACCGACCACCAGUCAAGUUUCUGUUCACAUCGCAGAGAGCGAAGAAGAAGAUGAAGAGGAAUUUGACGACGACGAGGACAAUGACGACCUCGGACUGGGCGAGGACGUCGAGCGAGGGGGCGGUGUCGCGAGCCUGCGGGCGGCAGCGACCGACACGAGCCGGCCGCCACUGUCGGUGAUCGUGCCGGUGUUCCGGCGCGAGUGCCAGCUGGAGGUGUAUGCCGGCAGCCACGUGUACCCGGGCCAGGGCGUCUACCUGCUCAAGUUCGACAACUCGUACAGCCUGUGGCGCUCCAAGACUCUCUACUACCGCGUCUACUACACGCGGUGAGUGUCCAGCGGGGGAUGUGCGGGCCGCUCGUGGCGGCGUAAGUGAGGGCGAUCGAGCACUGUUCUCCUUUCUUAUUUUGAUUUGUCGUGAUGUUGAAUGCUGCGAGUAAAUGUUUGAAACAUGAGUGCAGAUAUCUGCUGUUUACUAAAUUUUCUGAUUUAACACCUCUCUGAAUGUGCAAUAAAUUAGGCGGUGAAGCGUUGAAAUAUGUGUCGCAGUAGUAUCUUGUGAGAGACUUUGAUCUGUACUACUGGCUGUGGUUUUCUGUUAUCUGAUAUGUUUACUGCCUAAAUAUGUUCAUUUCAGGGAACAAUAAUUUCGGUCCUGUACUUUUUAACCCGUUUGUUUUGUAGGAAACCACUAUCCCCAUUCUCGUCUGCCUUAGUGAUCUCUUAUGCUCAAAAUGGAGUAUACUUAACUUUUAAACUAUCAUUUUUGUUUCAUAUGUGCUUAAAUUUGUGCAUGUCGAUCAAACUGAGAUAUAAAAUUCUUUCCUAGCAAUUUUAACACAUGAAUUGCUUUGUAAAUGUGGGCAUGUGUAAGUUGAUACAAAAGUUGCAGAAUGUGUACAAGUAGAUUCAAUAUGUAAAUGGAAAAAUUGGUGGUGUCAUUCAGAAA